AUGGACAUACUAGCCACAUUAUCGGACGAUCCGAAAUUCUGCUUGUUGGCGGGUCUUCCUCUAAUUCUGAUUAUAACUGUUACCCUAAAAACAUUGGUCUUCCACCCACUCGCCAGAUACCCCGGGCCCUUCCUUGGACGAUUCACAGACUUAUAUGCUGGCUACUAUGCGUGGAAGGGGACUUUACAUGUCGACAUGUACCGAUGUCACCAAAAAUAUGGUCCCAUAGUACGAUAUGGCCCAAAUCGUCUGCUGAUCGACACGCAUACCGCGGCUCAAGAUGUACACUCGCACAGGGCGAACACGAUUAAGUCGAGGGCGUAUCAGGCUUUGGUGCAUAGUGCGCCGAACACGCUUACGAUUCGCCACAAGGAGGACCAUGCGCGACGACGACGAGUCCUCAGUCUCGCUUUUUCGGAUGCCCGGAUGCUGGGCUACGAGAGUACUGUCAAAGGCUGUAUACAAGCUUUGUGCGACAAUCUGAGAAAAAGCUCAGUUGCGAAGGAUGAUUCGGCUCGGGAUUCAUUGAUUGAUAUGUCUUUUCAAAGUGAUUGGUUCACAUUUGACAUUAUGUCUGAAGUGAUUUUCGGCAUGAAAUACGAAGCCCUGAAGAACUCAACAUAUCGACAUGUAACCCAAGCGAUCCAAGACUCGAAUGUCCGAGUAGGCACUCUCGUCCAAGCGUACUCUCUCACCACCGCCAGGCUGGACCGGUAUUUGUUUCCUGCUUCCAUCCAAGCAAGGAACGCCUUUCUCAAAUUCAUCACAUCUUUGCUACGGGAUCGAUCCAAGAUGACCGUAUCCCAGGACAAAGGCGAUGUGUUUUCGUUCUUGGAGACAGCCAAGGAUCCAGAUAAUGGCAAGACGCUGACAAAGUCUGAGAUACGAGCGGAGUGUGCUACCCUUGUCGUCGCUGGAUCAGAUACAUCGUCUUCCACGCUCGCAGCAACGCUUUUUUACCUCAGUGAGAAUCCAGGACCCUACAAAAGGGUCUGCGAAGAAAUCCGUGGAAAAUUCGCAUCACUCGACGAAAUCAAGCUAGGAUCACAGCUAAAUUCCUGCACUUAUCUCCGGGCGUGCAUCGAUGAAGCUCUUCGCAUGUCACCACCGGUCGGCGGCGCCUUGUGGCGAGAGGUCGGUCCCGGCGGUAUCACAAUCGGGUCUACACACCUGCCGCAAGGUGUCGAUGUUGGCACUGGAAUCUACAGUCUGCACCACAAUGCCAGCUACUUUGACGAGCCGUUCCGCUUCAAUCCAGAGCGGUGGCUCGCUGGCGAGAAUGGGGUCAGAAAGGAGCAAGUUUCGCUCGCCCGAAGUGCCUUCCAUCCAUUCUCUAGUGGACCCAGGGGGUGUAUCGGUAAAGGCUUUGCAUAUCAUGAGAUGACAUUGACUUUGUCCCAUAUCAUUUACCAGUUUGAUUUUCAUAGGGCCGAGCAUCCCGCUGGUGGCGUGGCUGGCAAAAGUCAAAGGCCCAUGGUACAGGGACAUGUUCAGUUUGUGUUGAAGGACCAUAUCACAGGUGCGAAAGAAGGGCCAGAGCUUCGAUUUAUACCGCGAUAG